ACAGAAAAUGCAGAGCAGGCGAAUCCAGCACCCCUAAAAAAAGCUGAAAGAAAAGGAGAGAGAGCGAGGCUCCGGAGUGGUGUGUGCGACAGAGAGAGGCAGAGAGGGGAGAGAGAGAGCGUAUUUCUUCUUCUUCCUCCUCCCCUCGUCGAAGGAGAGGAGAGAGGGAAGCUCCGGAGUCGCAGGGCCGCGAGCGAGGCAGGCAGUGGCUCCUCCUCCCCCUCCUUUCGAUAUCAGCUCAUCAAUUCGUCUCAUCACACUAUUAUCGUUCCCCACCACUCUUCUUUCUUUCCUAUGCUUCUCCUCUAAUUAAUUGGGAAAAAGACCAAAAAAUAAAUAAAUUCUGCCUUUAUCGAUUUCUGCUGGUUGCGGCGGCGGCGGCGCUGUUGCUUGGAUUUUCUUGGUCGGUUCUUGAUUCGUGCCAGGAGGGAUUCGUCCGUUCGGAUUCUGCCACUCAGUGCUAAAUCCUAUCUGUUGUUCCCUGAGGUUGGAUCAGAGGUAGGAGAUGGAAGUGGAGACGAAGAAAAAUUCGGAGAAGAUUGGAUCCAAGGGCAAGGAGGUUGAGAGCAAGAACCUGAAGCGGGAGGAGCCACUGGGGUCCUCGGAGAUGGACAUGGAUGAACCAGGCGUCGCCGAGAGCGGCGGCAUGGUGGAAGCCAAUAAUGGCUGCUCCAAGGAGCGCCCCUUGCCACCCAAGGAUUCCAAGAACUCAAAGGGUUGUGUGGCCAGGAAGCCGAGAUCGUUGAGCUCGGACUUCGGGGAGGACCUGGAUUUGGAGCUUGGUAAUCAGGACAAGGAGAGUGUCAGGCAGCAGGAGAGGAAGCUCUCAAGGCAAGACCGGGUGGAGCUUAGCCGGUCGUUCCAGCAUGCGGUGAGCUCGCACGAUUGGGAGAGCGCCGAGGGGCUGGUUGGGAUGGCUGAUGCGCAAGGGCUCAACGAUGUGCUCUGUGUGGCAGUGGAUGCUAUUUGGUUCUUGAGCGACAGGGAGGAGCUGCAUGCGGUUGUGGGGUUGAUCAGAAGGAUUGUGUCCGAGGGAGCCAAGGAUUUCACACGUGCUGCGCUCCGGACAUCGUUCCUUGCGUCAUGUGUGUCGGCAUGCAGGGGACGCUCGACUAGCCUAGCCGAUGCUGUGAGCUUCAUGGGUCAAAAAUUGCAUGAGCGGCUUCAAGAAUCGCAAGGUGAUGAAGUAUUGAAGGCAGAAGCAAGUGCAAAGGUGCAUAAGUUUACAGAAUGGGCUCUAAAGUGCAUUGGGCUACAUUCGCGUGUGCGUGAGAAUAAGGGCAGAGGAAACCAGGACACUAUCAUUGAGGUUCAGCUUCAGUUGUCUGCUUUCAAGACAUUUCUGGAUCUUGCUGAUAAUGAGCUUACCGGGAAGGAUUUCACGGAGGCAUUUGAUGCUGCAUGCUUUCCUCUUACACUCUUCUCAACCACCUUCGACCAAGGAUGGACAUCGGGAAUCUCGGCAGCUGCAAUACAAGGUCUUUUAGAGUUGUUGGUAGAGGGUGGCGCAGACAAUGUGAACCAAUGCUUUCUUGAAGCUGCACGCUAUGGGAGCACUGAACUCGUGCGGAUCUUACUUCAGAUUGCUCAAAGGAACAGCUUGGACAUUGAUGUGGAUCUAGCCCUUGGCUUUGCCGCUCACUAUGGGAAGAUCGAAACAAUGGGAUGCUUGGUUGAAGAAGGUAAUGCUGUUGGCUUUCUUGGCCCUUUAAUGAGGGCUGCUGAACGUGGAUGCCUCCAAGUUGUUGAAUGGUUUGUUAACCAUGGGUGUCAAGAAAUGGAGCUUUGCCUAGCUCUCACCGCUGCCACCUCCAGUAGCCAGGUUGCAAUUGCUGCUUAUCUUCUGCCUCUUGUUCCGCAACAUGUUCUUGCCCCCCUCAGCAUUGAAAUUAUCAAGGCAGCUGGUGAGAGGAGCACAGGUUCCCUGCAUGGUGUGGAUUUUCUUCUCCGCUCGAACUUCCUCAAUGACCCAGCUGCCACAUAUGCUGUGGCAGACAGUAUCGCAAGAUCUGCUGAUGAGGCUGUGGAUGCAAAGCUUAGGUCUUUCAUGAAUGAGCAUUGGUCCGAGGCAGCCUUUUCUGCAGGAUUUGCAUCUGCGCAACAGCACUUUGUCAACUUCAUGAGGAUAAUGGAAAGGGGUGAGUCACCAAUCUGCCUAAGGGACCUCCCGCUUGAACUGGUGAUUGGCAUGGCCUACCUGCCACUCUAUAAAGAAUGCAUCAAUUCCAGUGGGCGGCUUUUGCCGCAAAGGCUGAGAGGGCAGCUUGUGGAGGCUGCAAGUAGGCUCGAAGGCCGGCAACUGGAUAGGAGUAGCCAAAGCAGAGAGCUCUUGGCCAUCUUGGAGCAUCACAUCCCGUGUUUCAUGAUACAAACCUGAAGGCAGGCCAGGUUCCUCUCAAACUGCAUCCGUCGCUGCAAGCAAAGCAAGUAACAAAGGGAAUACACCAUCUUCAAUGUAUUCCAGUGCCGAUGCUGUGUUCCUGCUUGGGGUCAUCUUGAGUUGGCUCUCCUGGGGGUGCUCUUCGGAGAGUAUAUAAUUUUGGGAAAUGGUGUGAGUGUCUUGUCAAGGCAUGUGUUGAGUAUUUUAUUGGGAUCAUAAUCUCUUGUGAAAAUGAUAUAAGCCUUGAGCAAGUAUUCCCAAGUUUCCGA